CUUAUCAUAUUCAAAAUUUGAGUUGAUAGUGAAAUGAGUGAUAAUGAAAGUAAAUUCGAUUUCUUCAGAUCAAUCACAGUUAUAAUCUAGCACAAUUUGGAGCUCAAAAUCUUUUGCAAACAGUAGCAGUAAAUUUAUGGUUCCAUGGGAUCAGCCGGCUCAAAAAAAAUGGAUCCAGUGAGUAAUAAAAGCUAUUUAAUCCGGAAAGGCAUAUACUUUAUAUUUCUGAGAGAGGAUAUUCACAAUGGAGUUCGUAGUGAAGAUUUACACUUCCUUGAAGAGAAACGACAAGAACUGAAGGCGUUGAUACGAGAAGUAGAACAUUUCCAGAGAAAUGACAACCUAUCCAAAAAAGUCAUUUUACAAAGUGAGAGAUUGUUGUACAAUUUUCGAAAAGAACUGGAAAUUAUUGAUUAUGGGUUGCCACCUCAAACGAGGUCAGUAGGUAUCAGCAGAAUAGGAAAUAGUUCAAACAGAUAUGAAGAAAUAUAUGUUACAGAAUCGGAGUACUCAAACUUGGAGGAAACGAGUGACGAAUAUCAAAAUGAACGUCCAUUUUCCAACGAAUCCUCAAGAAUUCCCAUACCAGCGCCCAGAAAUAAAGAAGAAUUGUUACUUAAAAAUAUUCCAAAAUGGUUCGGAAGAUUGAAAGACAUUUCUGGGAGAACGUUCAUCGAUGAACAGGACUACAAAGAAGCUAAAUUGUGUGUAACAAAAAUCGAGGAAGUACAGAAAUUGUUCACAAGCAAGUUGGAUGUGAUUAUCGAGAAGUAUGCAACCCAGGAUACAGACGAAUACGUGGAAGUGUAUGAAAACGUGUCACCUUGAUCAUUGUUUUUACAAAUUUAUCUAAUCUACAGUAGUAAAUCAUGAAGCCUGAUAAGAUUGUAUGUUUCAACAUUCCUAUGUUUUUAUUCAGUUAGCGAACACACAAAGUAUUCACGUCAUUUUCUAUAGGUACGUGAUUUGAGUGAGUGCAAUCCACAUAAAAUGAAUAAGAAUUUGUCAGCUGUGACAAGUUUUACUAGACCUUUCAGUUUUCUACCAAUAAUUAUAGGCAACCAACAUUACAGUGUAUUAAGAAACUGAAGAUAACACAGUUAAACAAACCAAAGCUAAAAUGUCUAAAGGGCAGCUCAAAACCAACUUGUUGAAUCUAACAAAAUUCAGAAGUGAUGAACCAGGUGAAAUAUCAUCUCCAAAAGUUUCUCGAAGACCUUAUCAACAAACCAACAUGAAAAUAACUCAAAAUGAAGUUGAAGAGAAACUUAAAAAUAUGGAGCUGAAGAGAAUAAGUAGGCUUGGUGUGUCCAUGGUCGACCAGAGUAAUCUCCCGGGAGGAAAGCACACGAUGGAAGAAGGGCGUGAAGUAUCGAACGUUAUUGGUUUUGGCGUAAACGAAAUGAAGACUCCUUUCAAACAUGCAGUUGAAGAAGAUACUCGUCAAAACAAAGUAUCGAAAACAGAAUCAACAGAAGUACAAACCGGGAGAGAAAUGGCUAGGAAUAAACCUUCUAGUACGAAAAAAUUUAUAAACAAAUUCAAUUGCGUUGUAAACACAGAUGUGAUAGCUUCUGGUGGAUAUGAUGAAUUGGAAGAAGAUGUUUAUUCAAAACGUAAUGAUAUGGAACAGAAAAACCCGAUUGUUAUUGAAAAAGAAAACGAUUCGAGUGAAUCUCAGUUGAAAUUCAUGAAUGCCUCCAUACAAUCAAACUCAAGUGAAGGAAAAACAGUCGCGAUUGAAAGAACAGAAGCAGUGCCUCCGGACCUGAUUCUAACAACUUCUGGUCCCUUCAAAAGUAACGUGGAGACAACAAAACUGAAAAUGGAUAGUGCAAUAUCAAAAGUAUCCACUAAAGUAAGAGAUAUUGUGGAAGAACAAAACAUUAGCUCAGGUGUUGUUCAUAUUGACGAUCAGAAAACACCUGUUGGAAAGGAAGUAUUCAGACAGAAGCAAAAAAAAUCAAAUAUCCAGCCAUACUCUAGUGACUCAUCUGAACCUAUUCGGGGCCCACUACCCUCAUCAAGAGAUUUCACUCGACAGGAGAAAGUAUUCAAAAAACUCCAACGGAGCUGUAAAAGUAUUGAUGAAAUUUUUAAAGACAAUUCAGUUGUUGACUUGGAUGAAAUCGAUGACUUAAAAAACACUUUGGACGAAGCAAAUGUUCUUUUGGCAGAAUAUCAAAGUAAACUGAAGGUGCUAGAAGAGAAAGUGACUAAAUCAUACGAUAAGCAAAAACUGUGUGCUUUGAAAUCCAAACUGAAAGAAGUGAAAGACGAUAUUCAAAAUUUCAGAGGUUUGAAGAGGGAUUCAAAGUUUAUCCAACUUUGUACGAUAUUAUCCAACUUUUACUUGGAUAUCAACAAUGUUUAUAAUAAAUUUGAACCAGGAAAUGUACGGAAGGAGCUGCUUAAAGAAGUUGACAUAUGUAUAAAGGAUUUAGAAGUCAAAGCAACAAGAAAUGAAGAAACUCUGUUUGAAAUACUCACUGAUCAAGUGAAAUCUAUUGGAAAUAAACAUUUGAGUUCCAUCAAUAAAUAGUUGUGUUGGUUAAGUAUAAGUGAAGUUCAGAAAUCAUUUGAAAUCCAUGUGAAAGGCAAGUUAAAAAAGGUGAAGUUCAUAUUUGAAGCGUUAUUUUGAACGAAUGUAUAGCUCACAUGGAACCUUCUUUCAAGUUCUCCUCCAUACACUGCUGGCAGUUGGAAAUAUAUAUCACGUGAUGUUGGUAAAGACUAAUAGACUCUGUAUAAUCCACUCCGUACCAACUAAAUUUUACAAUUCAACACGAUAUUAUUUAUUUUCUUAUUCAUAACUAAUAAUUUAUAAUAGUGGUUAAUAUAUUUCAGAUGAAUCUCAUUGAGAUAAAAAUAACGACUGAAUAAAAUAUUUUUAUAUUUUUGCGUCAAAAAAUUUCUUGCGAAUGGAAAACUGUAAGUACGUAUGAUAGUUUUCUCCGGUAUAUAUCCGGUAUAUAUCAUUUGAAAAGCUGUAUUAUUUUUGUGGAAGAAACGUCCACACUAAAAUGGAAGUUGAAGUAUAACAAAA